GGGGCAGUAACAAUGCACUGCAUUUAUCGGUAAGUCUGCGAAGAAGACGAACGCGGAAGCAACCGAAUUUUGUGAUUUUGUGACUGUAAUCCUUUCUUCAUCUUUUUUCUUAUCUGAAAUGUGUGCUGGUUGUGUGCAUAAAGAAUAUCCAGACAGGGGUAAUACCUGUUUGGAAAAUGGUUCAUAUCUCAUGAACUUUCUUGGCUGUGCCAACUGUCACCAGAGAGACUUUGUGUUGAUCAGUGAUAAGACUGUGGUGAAUGAGGAUGAGGAGGAGAUUGUUACCUACCUGCAUAUGUGCAAGAACUGUGACCAUGUCAUAGCCAGACAUGAAUACACCUUCACUGUGGUGGAUGACUAUCAGGAAUACACAAUGUUGUGUAUGUUGUGUGGCAAAGCAGAGGACUCCAUCAGCGUGCUGCCGGAUGAUCCCAGGCAAACAGCACCUCUGUUUUAAAGUAUUUGCACUGAAAGCCAAGAAAGGGAAUUGCAUUCAUACUGAUGCAUGUUUUAAGGGAGCCGUAAUACGUGCAUUUUCAUACGCUUAGCACUGGAGAACAGCAUACAUGUUGUUAUGUAUAACUCCAGGAGAAUAUAUUGCAGAAUGCA